GGAAGUCUUUUGGCUUAGGAUUCCAAUAACUGAACUUGAAAUUAAUAGCUCUCUGUUGGCGGCAAGGAUUAGUAAUAUGUUGAAAUCAAGUCUCCUUUCAGGUGGUGGGAAGAGAACUAAUGCUUAACCUAAUGAUGCAUCUGGUGAAUAAUUACCACACUAAUGACUUCGUUCGCUGGAUCAUGGAUAACACAAGGGUACAUAUUAUGCCAUCCAUGAACCCUGACGGAUUCGAAGUUUCAAAAGAAGGCAGCUGUACAGAUGUUCAAGGAAGAUACAACGCUCUAGGGUUUGAUCUCAAUCGAAAUUUUCCAGACUACUUCAAAACAAACGAUUUAAAUGAACAGCCAGAGACUAAAGCGGUUCGAGAAUGGAUUAAUAAAAUUCAGUUUGUUUUAUCCGGAAAUAUCCAUGGGGGCGCUCUAGUCGCCAGUUACCCGUUUGACAAUACUCCAAACUCAAUUUUUCAGUCUCUCAGUAGUCCAUCCCUCACACCCGAUGAUGACGUGUUUCGCCAUCUAGCAGAAGUUUACUCAUUCAAUCAUGAGACCAUGCAUUUAGGCUUACCAUGUUCAACUGGUACUCGUGGUUUUAAAAACGGAACUACUAAUGGUGCAGCUUGGUAUCCAUUAACAGGGAGAGAGCUGUGGGUCGUCAUAGUUUCCAAGACCCCUCAUGAAGAACCGUUACUUAAGCCUAAUGUUAAAUACGUUGCUAACAUGCAUGGAAAUGAG